UAAGUUGGACAAAAAGGAAAAGGUAUAAGUUCGCCGGGAAUAUUGAAAUUCAACGAUUAGCUCCACCGGCGGCGGUUUCACGACACCGAAACAUGGCGAUGCAAACCGGCGUCGCCACUUCCAAAGUACUCAUACUCGUCGGCGCAGGUUUGACUGGGUCAGUAAUAUUGAAAAGUGGACGAUUAUCUGAUCUGAUCUCGCAGCUUCAGGAGGUGAUAAAUGGCGUGAAUGCAGCUGAGACAUCUCCUGGUAAAUAUGACACUGCUCUUCUAGCAGCUCAGAUUCGACAAUUAGCACAAGAGAUCCGGGAGAUGAGCAUAUCAAAUCCAAUUACUAUUUUCAAUAAGGAUUCUUCCUCCAGUGGGAGCUAUGGUUCUUACAUUCUUCCAGCUGCUGCAGUUGGGGCAAUGGGUUAUUGUUACAUGAAGUGGAAGGGUUGGUCAUUUUCCGAUGUAAUGUAUGUGACAAAGCAUAAUAUGGCGAAUGCUGUUGCAUCUGUGUCUAAGCAGUUGGAGAACGUAUCUGAUGCAUUGGCUUCUACAAGAAGACAUUUGACUAAGAGGCUGGAAAACUUGGACUGGAAGCUAGAUGAGCAAAUUGAGAUGUCAAACCUUAUUACUAAUGACGUGAGAGAUGUUAAGGCUAAUCUAAAUCAAAUUGGUUUCGAUAUAAACUUAAUCCAUGAGAUGGUGUCUGGAUUGGAAGGGAAGAUUGAGCUUCUUGAGAGUAACCAGGAUGUGACUAAUUCUGGUUUGUGGUACUUGUGCCAAGCUGCUGGGGGCAUUAAGGAUGUUCAAAAUACUAAGGUUAUUCAGGGCAUGGAGGCUAAGCUGAUAGAGCAUUCAAAGGUGACUCCCAAGGAAAAUUCUGUGAAGGGGCUUGAAUUCAUUGUCGAAUCUAAUGAUUCAAGUGUGCCACCAAAAUCGGUUAUGGAUACAGAAGGAAAAGAUAUUAUUGACAAUUUUGCCAAAGGUCCAGUUGCUAGCAAAAUGAGGAUUCACAGAUCUUAUCCAGUUGGGUUGUCUUUAACAAGGAGCGUGCUGGGUCCAGGAUUCUGAUCUCAACUUUUCCUCUAUUCAAAGUUGGAAUACGUGGAUGUGAUUACCCGAUUCAUUUCGUUUAUAUUGAUUCAUGGUUGGUUGAUUUGUGGCCUCUAUGGUCACGUACAACAUUAUACAAUACAUACAAGGUUGUCUCUUUUUUCCCUUCCUUUCAAAUGUCAUAUAAAGCUGUAUUUGAAACAAAACAAUAUAAUAAAUGUAUUUCAUUUUGGUCAUAG